AUGGAUCCUGUGUGCGUCCGAGCAGACAUGAUGGGCAGUUCGUUGUGCCGACAGAAGAUCUGGCAAGACAAAUUCUUUCUUCCCUGCAGUCUACACCUGUUCCAGUUGUCAUUGGUCACCAGCACAACGUCUCAGGAAGAGCUCACACAAGACGUGCCCCUGUUGUAUCCAUGGAGAGGGUACAUGGCUGGGAUGCAGAGGUUUAAGAGAGCCUGGGUGAUCCCUACUAUCUCAGUGUCAGAGAAUUUGAAGAACAUCCCCUCUCAUGUCGUACAGAUUAAGUCAGACAAGCAGUAUUUGGGAAGUGUCAUAUACAGCAUCAAGGGGCCCGGAGUAGAUGAGGAGCCUAAAGGAAUCUUUAAUAUCAAUAAAACAACUGGAAUUGUGUACCUGAAUGCAGUGCUGGAUCGUGAGAAGAUAGAACGCUUCAAGCUUCGUGCAUUUGCAUUGGACAGCGAUGGAGUUCCCCUCGAAGACCCUACUGAUUUAGAGAUUGCUGUUCUGGACCAAAAUGACAACCGUCCGAUCUUUUCUCAACCAGUAUUCAAAGGAUACAUCCUGGAGAAUGCAAUUCCUGGCACCCUAGUGAUGAGAGUAAUAGCUACCGAUGCCGAUGACCCAAAGACGGACAACGCUCAACUCAAGUAUUCCAUCGUUCAGCAGGAGAGUCCGGGAAUGUUCAGCAUCAACCAGGAUACAGGAGAGAUCAGAACCGUUCAAGUGGGCCUGGACCGAGAGUCAGUGGGGUCAUACAACCUUACUGUCCAAGUGGCCGAUAUGAUGGGGGAAGGGCUCUCCAACACCGCCAGAGUAACCAUAUCCAUAGGAGACCUCAAUGACAACGCUCCGGAGUUCACGCAGAGCGAGUUCCUCCUGGAGGUUCCUGAACAGACCAGCGACGUGGAUGUCGGCAGAGUGGGCGUAACAGACCGAGACCUCCGCGGCUCCCCCAACUGGCUGGUGCAAUUCUCUAUCACUGCUGGGGACCCCCAGGGUGCCUUCUCGAUUCGUACAGACCCCCAGACCAAUGAGGGAAUCCUAUCUGUUGUCAAGCCUCUAGAUCACGAACUAACAGCCAUGUAUAACUUGACCGUGUCCGCUGAGAACGAGGCCCAGCUCCUUCCUUCGGUUCCCCGCACUUCGCGCUCAAAAGCUCGCGUCACUGUGAUGGUGAAGAAUUUAAACGAGCCUCCUGUGUUCCUGGAAAAUCCCAUGGUGGCAAGAGUGAAAGAGGGGAGCCCCCCGGGUAGUGACGUCACGGUAUACAUGGCAGUGGAUCCAGACAGCGGUCUGGCCCAGGACAUCCGGUACUCUCUGGUCUCUGACCCGGCAAACUGGCUGCUCUUGGAUGCCCAGUCUGGAAAGAUUUGGACCACCUACACCAUGGACCCAAAGUCACCCAUGCUGCAGGGAGGGUGGUACACGGCGCUCAUCAGAGCCACCGACAAUGCCGUACCGCCGCUGAGCGCCACAGGGACACUCUCCAUAGAGGUGGUGGAGCUGAAUGACCACGCGCCAGUGUUGCAGCAGCAUUCCGUGGAGCUGUGUAGUGACCCUCAUCUUGGCCAGGGCUUUCUACUGAGUGCCGCCGAUGAAGAUCUGCCUCCCCAAGCCCACCCGUUCCACUUCCAGCUGGAUGAGGCGUUCCGGGAGUGGAGCCUGAACUGGAGUGUCAGCGACCUCAAUGGUACCCACGCCAUGCUGGAACUUGUAACCGAGGUGGAAGCCGGCCUCUACCUGCUGCCCUUGUUGGUGUCAGACUCCGGAGAUCCGCCCCUGGCACAGCUCCAUGUGCUGAAUGUGACGGUGUGUCAGUGUGACGCGGUGGGCAUCUGUAGUGGCAGUGCAGCGACUCUGUUCAGCUCUGGAGCCGGCAUCAGUCUGACUGCCCUAAUCAUCAUCAUGUGCAGCAUUGCCCUCCUACUGGUGUUGAUCCUCCUGCUUCUCAUGUUCCGCUGCACCGCCAGAAACGCGGCCACCAAAGGUUUACUGUCCGAGUCCGAGGAUGACGUGCGGGAUAACGUGUUCAACUACAACGAACAGGGAGGAGGAGAAGAGGACCAGGAUGCCUAUGAUAUAAAUCGGCUGAGGAAUCCCUCCAUGCCAGUGCCACCAUCACCCCGGCUAAAGCCCCCCAUCCGUAGAGAUGCGCCCUACAGCCAGACAUUGCCUCGCUACCCCCGAAGACCGGUUGACCGUCCUUCUGACAUUGCAGACUUCAUUCAUGAUGGUUUGCGAACAGCAGAUUCCGAUCCCAGUGUCCCACCAUACGACACGGCCUUAAUUUAUGACUAUGAAGGGGAAGGUUCUGUGGCCGGCACUCUGAGCUCCAUCCUAUCUGGUGACGGUGACAGCGAUCAGGAAUAUGACUAUUUGCUGGAUUGGGGGCCGCGCUUCCGCCGCCUGGCCGACCUUUAUGGACAUGAGUGAUGGUGCCAGAUCCCCUCCUAAAGACUCUACGAGACUUCAAUCCUUUC